AUUUCCUGUAUGGGGUUGAGCCGGAGAGAGUGACAGACAGUCAGUUAGUAAUGCUGGCAGACAGACAGACCGACAGACCGAUGGGUUCGCCUGCUGGGAGCAUGAAGACUGACAUGUGAAAGCCGGAGGAAGGAGGGAACCAUGAAAGUCGCCUCUGUGGUCUUCUACGGUGUCGCUCUGGGGCUCCUUGCCGUCGGCCUGCGAGAGCUGCUGACUGGCUUCGAGGAGAACAGAUGCAGUAUGACCUACAUGUUUGAAUACCCAGAGUACAGGCGUGUGGCCCUUCCUCGGCGUGUGGCCCGACUGUACCCAGCGUAUGGGCUCUACCUUUAUGGAGAGGGUCUAUACGCCCAGGAGACCCGAGGGCUUAAACUCUCGGGCGCCCCUGUGCUCUUCCUGCCUGGAAAUGCUGGCAGUUACAAACAAGCUCGCUCCCUGGGCUCGGUGGCCCUCAGGAAGGCUGAAAACUUGGAGGGAGGUCUCCAUUUCAAUGUUUUCACCGUGGACUUCAAUGAGGAGCUGGUUGCGCUUUACGGUGGCAGUUUGCUCCAGCAGACACACUUCCUGCAUGAGAGCAUUAAAGCCAUCUUAAGGCUGUACAAGAAUCUGAAGACUCCUCCCCAGAGUGUGGUGCUUGUGGGCCACUCCAUGGGAGGGGUGGUGGCCCGGGCGUUGUUCACUUUGCCCCGCUUCAACACUAAUCUGGUCAGCCUGAUCAUUACUCAGGCCUCUCCGCACCUGGCCCCAGUACUGUCCCUGGACCCAUACCUGCUGGGUUUCUACUCUUCAGUGAGACAUAAGUGGCUGAACCAGGCAAACAAACUCAGGAACAUCACAGUCCUGUCCGUUGGGGGCGGUUACCGUGACUACCAGGUCCGGUCUGGUCUAACAUCUCUGCCGUGUCCUUCAGGAGACCCCAAUAAGUUAUCACUGGUGGCAACUGCAGUUCCCAGGACAUGGGUGUCAACCGACCACCUCUCCAUUGUUUGGUGUAAAGAGCUUGUUCUUGCCACUGUCAGGGCCUUCUUCGACCUCAUUGAUCCCGAAACCAGACAGUUCACAGAUAACCAGGAGAAGAAAAUAGCCGUACUUAACCAUCACUUCAUCAGACAUCCUGUCAGGAUGGUGGGAGAAGAUCACAGUGUUUCCAUCUCAACCUUAGAUUUUCCUGAAGAAUGGAGUGAAGUGAACACACUGCGUUUGGCUUACAGCACACCGAAGGAAGGACAGGAGAAAUAUUUUAUGUUUACUCUGUCGAGUCGCAGGAAAGCCUACAGCCAUUUCUACUGCCGGAGCAGCAACCUGGAGAUGACUAGCUGGGUGUAUGGCUGUGUGCACAAGAAUGGUUCAUGUCUACAUCCUGUUGAUCUAUCUGUGGGAACUGAGCUGCUGCCACCAUACAAGGUCCUGAUUUUGAGUUUCAGUGAUUUGUCUUCAGUUACUCAUCUAGUUGUUUCGGCCUCCAACCUCAAUGGCAAACAGUUUACGGUGGAAUGUGAAUGGCAAAGACAAGAAUCUCUGACUCUGUCUGUCCCAGUACCACAUGUCCUGUCCUUCGGUUUGACUUUCAGCGACGUUACCGUCAACUCUUCUGGACUUCUACACACCAUCAAGCUUCAUCACUUUAACCAGGUAUAUCAGGCAUUCAGAAUAAAUGUUGCAAGCCAAUGCAAAGUACAAAAAGAUAGAUUGUCCAAUGUGUACAGAAUAAUGGUACCAUGGUUUCGAGAGGACUCUAUAACCACAGUCAGUGUGCCCUCAGUUACCGAGAUCUCAGGGAUGCUCCACACAAGCAGCCCAGACAACACAUCAGAUGUUCUCCUUCAGCUUCACACUGCCCCCAAUUGCCAGUACAAGGUGUCAAUAAGGACUUCUUUACCAAGGGUGAUUGGACAGAUAUUGAGGUUCUGUGGUCCUAUGGUACCAGUGUACACAGCUGCAACUCUCCUGCUGGCCUGUGGGGGCCAGCUGUCAUCCAUCCUGAAGUCGAGGCGAGCUGCAGACAUGAGCCAGGUGGUGGGCAAAGGCCUGCAGCCUCACAAAGUCAACCUGCCCGUUUAUGUCCUGCACGUCUUACUUAGCUGUAGCCGCUUUCAAGAGUUCUGGUCAAUUCUCUGCCUCCCCCCCAUGGAUGUUCUGCCUGCAUCCUCUCCUGAUGCAAUGUUUCAUAAUGGCGUGGUACUAGUUGAAGAAUGGCCCCACCUCCUGUCCCCUCUGCUGUACAUUUUUGGGGCAGCAGUGGCAUACUGGGGGAGCACACUGCUCCAUCUCAUUAUGCGACUGAUCUCAUUAUUAUUAGCUCCACUACACAGACCGUCUGUCUCUAGAGACUGUGCCACCCUGCGGCUUCGGACCCAGAUACUCAUCGCCCUCUGUCUGACAGUUAUCGGCGGGAUUUCCUGUGGAGCAUUUUCAGUCUUUGCUGCUUUUUCGCUGCACCUUUAUAGGGUGCUAAGGCUACAAAUGACGGAGAGGUCUUUGAGUCACAUGCUGAAUCUGGCGCCCCGGAAGCACGAAGACACUGAGAAUGGCACGGUCAACGUUGAGUGCUUGAGCAGGUCUAAAGAGUGUAACGGCACCCCCCUGCUGUCUGAAUGUGCACUGGAGGAGGUGAGAGAUGAUCUACAGCUCCACCUCUGCCUAUCGGCACUCUUCACGCUACCUGUCAUGCUCAGUACACCAUCACUUAUCCACUGGAUCCGCAACCUGAGAUAUACCACCCAGUUGGAUCCUGACCCUUGUUGGCCACACAUUGUGCCUCUAGUUACUGUUUACAUGCUGCUUAUUAACUGCAACACUUUGAAACUCUACAACAGUAAACUACUGCCUCUGGCUUCCUGCCUCCCUCUGCCCUUGGCCAUCACCAUGGUGACCUUCUCUCCACUUCACCUCUACAGAGUCACCUACUUCGUGUUACUGACACUCAUCCCUCUGGCGUGUUGUUGCCUGCUCUGACGGUAUCUGGCUGGUUUCAGUCUACGUCUCUACCAUUACAAGCCUUCCUCUAAGUUACAGCCUGACUCAGUGAAGCUGACUGAGGCUGAUGUGUCAAGCUGCCAUGGAGCAGAACUAUAGACAUAUAUAGCUUGGGGAACUGCCUGUUAAAUGCUAGCACUAAAAGCUCCAUGGCAUUUACCCUGUAUUUUUAAAAUGAGAUGAUGUAAAGGCCUUGGAACAUUUGGUGCAAAUAUGGCUCCAUUAGAAUGACCUGAAACCAAGUUUGCCUUACUCUGUAUAUCUAUAGCUCUGCCUUCAAGGAGCAAGAACUCCAAAACCAGUGAAGCUACUUAUACUAGAGACUCUCAAACAGGGUGUUAGUGUAAAAUGCACUGUUUUGUUUUCCUUCUUUCUUGUGACUGUCACUGUGGCUGCCAUGUUGUAAACUCUCACACUGCCUCCUGCUUAGCAAGGGCAGUUGUGUUUAGCUGGCACCUACUGACUGUCGCAGCCCUGUCACAAAACAAGCGGCAGUGCCAUAACUUUCGUUCCAUAAGGAAAGUCCAAAGUCAACUUUCUAAGGAGUUUGCCUUUUACACAGGAACAACGCGACAGGAGAUUUUCCACUCAGAUGUGUUCACAACCACACAGAAAUCCCCGUAGUCGGGAGAAGGGUGGUGCAGCAGAGGCAGGGCAUAAAGUAUGAAUUCCCCUACGGAGAUCACAUGUUUUGUUUUCAUUACAUUGACACUGUUGUCGACCCUUAUCACUGAAAGCUCUCUUGAUGUCUUCUUCUCUGUCUUCUACAUGUUACUGCUACUGCUUUUUUAUCCUUAUAUAUAUAUAUUUUUUUUUUAAAUUUUUUUAUAUUUUUCGGUUUUGUUAGAAAUGUCAUCAACACAACCACUUGCUCGCAAUGAAUCCUGCAGUGGAUCUUAUGUUUUCUCACAUUGGCUCAUUCGAAUAUUUUUCACAGUUUUACUAGAGGCCGGCUCGGUGAAAGUCUGGAGGCCGUCCCUUGGACAUUUGUGUUCUCACAAACAGCCCCUCUGAGAGUUCAGUGGAUGUCUGAAAGCACCUUUAGUGGUAGUAUGCUAUCGUCACUCCCACCUUCAUUCACUUAACUAUAAGCAAUAGUGACUGUUCAAUUACUCAUCUAUAAGAAGCACCUAUAGUUUUUUAUAGACAAAAUUAAUACUGACAUUUUCCUAUCUGAAAGACAUAAGCCCAAGUCUUCCCCUCAUGUUUAACUGUGGAUAAAUGCACAAUCAUUUUAACAGCACUAAUUUCAUCGGUAUACACCCUCAUGUCACACUCACACUGAAUCUGCUGCUCUGAUUUUUUUUUCUUCAAAAGAAACUAUCAUCUAACUUCUUUUAAAAACAACUCAGCAACUCAAACGUUCAGAGGGUGGUGAGGACUUAG